AUGCUAGGGUUCAACAGACCCACGCCGGCCAUUCUUAUCGCCGCCGCCACGGCCUCGGCGAGGCUCCUACCCCACAAUGACUAUGAUGAGGUACUAGUGGCCAUGUGUGGCGGGGCGAUCCUCGCGGACCUCAAGCCGUCCAUGGUGCCUUGGAGGGUGAUCCAGACAAUGUUGUGGCCCGAGAAGAGGAGGCCCGGUAGGGGCCGGUGCUUCACGAGGCUCGACGGAUUUAGGGUCGGGCUCGGGGUGGAGGACGAUGAUGUGGAUGUCAAGGAGUUUAAGGUCGACAUUAGGGAAUCCGACUUGGAUGUCGGGCGGGGUGGGGUGGCUGAGGAGGAUAAUGGCGCGAGGUUGUCGAGAGCAAUCCAUUCACCGCCGUCAAGAGGUCCCUCUCUAAAGCUCAAUGAAACUCGGACAGAGAUGUACUAUACUAGUAGUACAGUGGUACUACAGUUGGAUGAACCUGGACAAAGAGUGUAUGACAGUAGUGGUACAGUCGUACUACAUGUCCCUUCCCCCAACGACGACUGCGACAAGGUACGAACAACCAUCAUGUGCGGCAGAGCAUUACUCGCGGACGUCAAGGUUCCCGUGGUGACGCGGAAGGUGAUGGAGGUCACGGUGUGGCCCGAGAAGAAGAAGCACCGGCGAGGAGGUGGCGGGGGUCGGCGCUUCACGGGGCACAGCGGGCACAGGGGACUCGAGCUAUACAACGAGGAGGAGGACUUUGAGGCCGAUUUUGAGAAGUUCAAGGCUGACUCCAGGGACUAUGACCUGGAUCUCGGUCACGGUGGGGUGGCUGAGAAGGACGACGAUGAUGAGGAAGUCGAGAUCAAGCCCUUGGUCGCCGUCAAGAGGUCCCUCUCCCAUGGUAUCAACCCUGAUGACUUAAGCACCAUGCCUACUGCUAGUUUUGACGGUCCUUCAGAAAGGCCAGCAAAAAGGAAGAGAAAGAACCAAAUCAACGUUAUCCGUCGGCGCCCCUUGGGUAAGUGGGCUGCUGAAAUCAGAGAUCCUAGCAAGGGUGUUCGUGUCUGGCUCGGUACUUUCAACAGUGCUAAAAAAGCUGCAAGAGCUUAUGAUGCUGAAGCACACAAGAUCCGUGGCAAGAAGGCCGAGGUUAACUUUCCAGAGGAACCAACAGGAUCUGCUGACUUUGCAUCAAACCAACCACCUGUCCCUGCAAUGAACUCUGCUGCCCCUAUUGAAGUUCCUGUAAUGGAUAUCUACUCUGACCAGGGAAGCAACUCUUUUUGCUGCUCUAACUUGGACUGGGAGUAUGACACCAAGAGUCUAGAUAUAUCAUCAAUUGCUCCCAUUUCUACCAUUGCUGAAGGAGCAAAAUCUGCGGUUGUCAAGAAUAACACAUAUAACUCAUUGGUGCCUCUUUUUAUGGAGAAUAAUGCUAUCAAUUUUGAACCUUGGAUGAGAUAUCUUAUGGAUGAUAGCGUGGAUGAGUUGAUUGAUAGCCUACUGAAUUUUGAUGUGCCUCAGGAUGUCGUUGGCAACAUGGACCUUUGGAGCUUCGAUGACAUGCCCAUAUGUGGCAAAUUUUUCUGA